CCAAAGUCCAACUGAAGUUAGGGGUGGUGUUUUUGUUUAUGUUUUGGGCUCCAAAAAGUUGAGUCAGAGGCUCAUGUGUAGGUCCAGCUGCAUUCACAGGACGAUGAAGACGGAACACUGAAUGCAGAAACGGAAGAUUUUCUUAUUUACCCUGAGAAAUGUCCAAUAACGUGAACCUGGAUUUUCCAUUAUUGGACGAGGAAAACGGAACAGAGCCAGAUCAUAUGGAGACUGAGAGGGAAGAAGAUGACUCUGAAAGCAGAUGGAACGAAGAACUCAGACUGGUCCUCGUUGGAAAGACUGGAUCUGGCAAGAGUGCUUCUGGAAACACCAUCUUGGGCCGGAGGCAGUUUCUGUCACAGAUCAGUGCCAGCUCCAUCACCCAGAUCUGUGAGCAGGGAAGCACAGAGCUAGUGGAGGAGGAAGAUGCUGUGGCUUCCACAUGCAGGAGGAAGAGGAGGGUUAUGAGGAGAGUCCUGGUAGUUGACAUGCCAGGUUUUGGGGACACUCACCUCAGUAUGGAGCAGAUUCAUGCAGAGAUAGCUAAAUGUGUGUCUCUUUCUGCACCUGGCCCUCAUGCUUUCCUCCUGGUGGUGCCAAUUGGUCGUUACUCAGACAAUGAGAACCAGGCUGUUUGUGAAAUGGCCAAGAUAUUCGGUGAGGAUGCAGUCUGUAACCACACUGUUGUUGUUUUUACGAGGGGUGAUGACCUGGAGGGCUUAGAGAUUGAAAAGUACCUAGAUGAGACGGCACCUACUAAGCUUAAGGCUCUUAUUGACAGGUGUGGGGGAAGGUACCAUGUACUCAACAACAAAGACCCCAGUAACUCAGCACAGGUUAAAGAACUCUUGAUGAAGGUUGACAAGAUGGUAAAGCAGACUAAAACAGGAUAUUAUACCAAUGCAAUGUUUUUAGAGGCAGAGGCUGCCAUCAGGGAAGAGGAGAAAAAGAUGUUGAGGGAGCGAGGACAAGCAGAGGGUGAAGAACAAGAAGGCAGAAAGGAGGAACAGGCCAAAGUAGCUAAACAACAGAAGUGUGACCUUGAGUCUAAAGGGACAGAGAGCAGUGAAAGUAGUUCACGAAAGCUCAGUAAAAGGGAUGUGGAGAAAAUGAAUGAAGAGGAUUUUAGGGUGGAGAGAUGGACAGAAGAGAGCAGAAACAGGGGUUUCAGCUUUCUGAGAGAGCAGCUCAGAGACAGGCGUAGGGGCAGUGGUAGGGUGGUCAGCCGACGCCAGGCUCUCCGCUCAUCACUGACCCGUUUGAGAAGGGAGGCUGCACUCUCUCCCAAGGUACUGGAGAGAGUCAAGAUCCUGGUGGCCGCCGGCGCCACAGGUAUGGCAGUGGGGGCCGUGUUUGGGGCAGCUGCACCUUUAGCAGCCGCAGCUGGGGCUUCUCUAGUGGGAAACUCAGUCGGUUUUGCUGCAAGCCAGCUAGCUUGUGCAUCAGUGACUGGAGGUACAGGUGUUGGGAAAGCAGUGGGAGCCAUAGUGGCAGCAGCCACAGGGAAAACUGCAGUGGCUCUUGGAGCAGCUACAGGUGGCGUUUUUGGCGGGUCUGUGGGAGCCAUUGCUGGCACCGAGGCUGCCAGUCCUGGAGCGGGAGCUCUAGAUGCCCUUGAGCAGGUUAGCAUCAUAGGGGCUUCGGCAGUGGGUGUGGCAGCAGGAGUGGGAAGCACCUUGGGAGCUGGUGCUGCUUUAGGCGCAGCUCUAGAAGGAGCAGCUUUGAGCACAGCAACCCUUAGUGGGGCUGAUGCUGCAGCAGGGGCAGCUAAUGCUAGUCUAGCCUCAGCUGCAGGGCAGCAUGCAGUGGCCAUUGUAGCAAGUGGAACGGCAGGUGUUGCAGCUCCUGCAACAGGAGCAGCUGUAGCUCAGGAGAUGGUUGCAAGUGUCCCAGCAAUGACCGGGUCUGCUGGUGCCCUGUGUGGGAUUACAGGACCCAGUAUGGCCUCAGCCGCCACCAGAGCCAUGUCAGACCCCUGGGGUACUGUUUCAACAACGACCCGCAUCCUGAAUGCAGUGGCUGAUAUUGGCAAAGCCGCAGCAGGCAUCGCUCUGGCUGGUGGUCUGGUAGUAAAGGUGAUAAAGGAAAAAGUCAGGAGUGGCACAGGAACAACAGAAACCAGUUACUCAGAGAGGAAGUCCUAUGAAAUCUACUGGAACAAAUAGGCUUCAGUCAGAGUUUCAAGAUUAAAUAAUAGAAUUAAUAGUAAAAUCUUUACUUAAUAAGGUAUAAAAUUGUCUCAAGGAUCCAUAUCUGAUGGGCAAAGCGGUAUAAUAGGCUUAUAAAGUCACAUUUAAUAAAUAAAAUGAAGGUUGAAUUGUGAUUUAAAGUGGUGGUUGGAACUGUUUUUCAGGGUGAUGAAUGUCCCCAGUGAUAUAUGCACUGCUGUGUUGGCGGAUUCAUAGUCAGUGGGAAGUAUGCCAUCGUAUCACACUUAAACUUUGCUUCUUAAACUAUAUAUA